AGCCACUGCGUGCAUUGCACAGGCUCGUUUGCCCUCGCCUUCUUUUCACCUAUCCAUUCGCCACAAUGUCCGCCUGCCAAGGACAGUCUCUCAGCACCACUGUCUUGCUCCUCCAGUCCACACACUGCAAGGCUCGCGAGGCAGUGGAGGAAGAAGAAUGGGAAGAACGCGAAGAAGAAGAAGAAAAUGAAGAAGAAGAAGAGUGAAGGAUAGAUGUGUGACACCAGCGGCACGAAGGGCAUGAAGCGAAAGUCCACCAAAAACAUCUGCAACCAAAGAUCCAAGGCCAGAGAGAACGUGAGAAUGUGGCUUCGCCGCCGAGAUGGGCUACUGAGCCGAAUUGUCCGAGAGCUCAGUCUGUUGUCUCCGGAAGCUCGACGUCAGGCCUUGCAGAGCUUUAGCCAGCCACAACGAGUGGCGCUGGAGCAAUGGAUGUUGCGUCACCGUUGCCAGCGCACGCUUGUCCGUCGAUGUCGGGUGAAGAAGAAGACCCAGGCCUUGCGAAUCAAGUCCUCGAGACGUUCUGAGGGCUUGGCCAAGGGCUCCAAGAUGAAAGGUGUUGUCUCGGGCUUCACGCCCACACAGCGCUACUUCUACGCUGUGGCCUGUUUGGGCAUGUUGCGCUUCACCUCGCGGAAGAGCCGCGACCUUUGGACCGCUGUGAGCUAUCGCAAGGAGCUUUUGCGCCUGGUUCAACGUGUUCGAUCUUUGUGGGGUUCAAUGGAGGAGCGGAUGCUUUGCGCAGUCACAGAGGCAUUGCCCUUCAUGAAGGCUUUGGAUUUGCGUCUAGCAGUAAGGUUCAGACUGGGCCGCUGGGUGGCGCAACCUCUGAGCACGCCAACCUUUGUGGCCACAAACCAGGUGAGUCUUCGAUGCGCUCUUUAUGCCUGGAGGCGACUCCACCGGGCACGGGAGGCCUUGCGUGCUACAGAGAGGGCAGGUCCUCCUUCGCUGAGAGAAGAGAGGUCCUGGCUAGCACUCCGGAACACAUUAUUGGAUGUGGAGGCUGAGGCCGGGAUGCCUCGGGAUGUCCGGGAGGUCCGCUUGGCAAGAGCAGAGCAGAGCCGUGCAUCGCAUCGGCAGAAGCUGCUUGAACGGUGGAACCGUCAACAAAUGGCGCACGAAGAUCGCUUGGGGAAAGCUGAGAGAAAGCGCGAAAGGGACUUCUUUUUGCGUGGCUCCCAGCUGCUGGCGCGGCUGGCGCAAGCAGAACAAGGUUUGACAAAGGCCAGGGCCAGUCACCUGGCUGAGAGUGACGAGCAGAGGCUGACUGCCAAAUUCUGUUUGUGAUAUUUCUUGCAGCUCCGAUUCUUGAUCACUUGCGGCAGUCAGCUUUGUAUGAAGGCCGUUACCUGGUGAGUAAAGGCUCAAGCCGGGGAUCCUCACUCUUAGGCCUCCAAUGGCCUCCAGCCUAUUUUUUUGCCAUUGGAUUUAGCCUUUGCUGAUGGAUCCCGACCCCACAGAUGUCGUCCUAGUGCAGCUGGGCAACCACGUCUCUCUUGUGACUGCGCUGAGCAGAAAGAUUCUUUUGGAGUUCGAAUCCAGAGCCCUUUGCUUGUCCCUUCAUGGACACACACACACACACACACGCACACACACACAUCGUUGUGCCAUUUGCUUUUUGUGGGCUUGGUUUGCAUCAUUUGAACUGUUGGCGCUUCUGCAGCGUUUCCUGUUUGAACCCAGAUGCAGAUAAGGCACAAUAGGAC